GCGUCAAGCGUCAGGUAGCACGUUCGAAGAUGCUUCAUGUAUGUGAGUAGUUCGAUAGCGUACGGCCCAAAACUGACCAAAGCGUGAAGUUGUACAGUACCUUCUGGUUACGGCCAGUCGCCAGCAAAAUGGCCACCAGUAUGUCCAGCACGGCGCCUUUGGUCAACAUGAGUUGUUCUUCACUGUGGACGCCAUACAAAGACCUACAGCAGGCGGUAGAAGCGGUGCUCGUACACAGGGAUGUCGAGGCCGUGGCGGACUUCGUCGCCGCGCUUCGACGUCAUCGACGGGACUUCGCUGCAUUGCUGGUUAACCCAUCGCGAUGCACCCAACACCGCGACGCCGUGUCGCGGGCACCGCAGGACGGCAUCGCAGUGUCCGGUAAGGCGACGCUGCAGCUGCUACCGCAGGAUGUUGUGGGUGAGGCGUUGCUGCUUAGCGAAAUGUUUGAGCUCAAUGAGCUGGCUUCCUUGGAGCUGGUGCUGGCGGCGCAGCAGCAGUUGCCGCUAUUUCCCGAGCUCACUCGUGGUCUUGUAGCCGUGCUACUAUAUUACGAUGGCCGGCGUGCUCUGGUAAACGCGCUGCGAACGUUGGUUCAGGUCACGGAGGGUCGCACCUGGACUGUCGGGCUGAACGCCGACGUGUUGGCCACCGUCACCAAGUACACCAAUGGCCUUCGCGAUGAGGACGGAGUACUGGCACGUGCACUUCAGCUUCUCGAUCGCUUUGACUAUGCGCGCGAACUGGACAUGCUGCAAAGAAACCGCGCCCUCGGGCCGCCGCGCUACCGUCGGCAGGUGCUGGACAUGAUCCAGGAGACGCAGCAGUCUCUGGGGGAAGUGGUCUUCUGUUGGGCCUGCCAGACACCGCUCUCCAAGAACGACACCCUGGCCAUUGUGCACUUCCUGGCCCAGCGAGCGCGAGCCGCUGGCGACGGCGCGCUCGAUAGCGUAUCGCUCACGCUGCUGAUGGCACUGCUCUAUGCGCUGGACACGACACCGCUGUUACAUGACGCCGAUUUGGCCUUGGCACUGCAUCGCGAGUUCACGGCCCCGCAGCAGGCGUGGAAGCAGGAAGCGCUCUUCAGCAUCGCGCAGUUCGCCUGGUCACUCAGUCUGCGGGCCACGUCGCAGCUGCCGGCUGCGGCUGGCUUGGAACCAGAGCUGACUGUCUGCCUGGAAGAAGACGAGCGCCUAAUGGAUACUGCUAUCGAUAGCCAGGUGUUCUCUGCACUUCGGCAGCUGGUGGUGCGUUCACCCUUGUUGCACCGCGAGGAGUUCUUGCUUAAGAAAGUACACAAUCUUCUAGCGGACUUCGUAGCCCUCAUGCCACUCAAACUAAAGGAACUGCGCAACCAGGGGGAUGAGGCAGCACGCAUUAUAAGCACGUACGCUCAGAAUGGGCAACCACCACCUGUGCAAUUACCGCGUCACUUUGAGCAACUGCUGGAAAUGGUUGCCGAGCUGUACGCACAAGAUCCCCUUGAGCUGAAAUUGGCAGAGGACUUCUGGAUUGAAAACCCCGAGGGUGGCCACAGGCGCCAGCUGGCUAAAUUUGUGCGUCUGGCAGGUGACCUACUUCAAACACCACUUUUUGUGCCUUACGUGUCAGCCCUGAGCAGCCUGUCGCGGUCUCGCGUUGGUGCGCAGCACUGCUUUCAACUUCUCAAGAGCAAUGGCCAUCUGGCGGGUUCGCAGUGGAGCCCUGUCUCAUGGGACAAUUUCCUUGGAGCAUUGCGCAAGUACUUCAACUGCUUGCACCCUGAAGGUUCGUCAGAGACAUAUCGAGCCCCACAGCCUAUUUCGGCUCCUGAACUCCGUGCACUGGUUGCCAUGCUCAAGCUUUUAGAGACUGUCGUGCAGUACGAUGAGCUCGCUAGGUUAACCCUUGCCGAUCACCCACAUCAUAGCACACUGGCUCUUCUGGCUGGCUUGAUAGGAUGUGCAGUGCCUCCAGAACUGAAGGCGGCUCUACUUCAUGCUUUAGCUGCCUUUGGUGCAGCCCCCGAGUUGGCACCACGCAUCUGGCAGCUGCUAAUGCCCUGCCUCCAAGGGUUGCGUGCCGAGCUAGAGGAGGUUGAAAGCCGCAAUGAAGAAUUUCCCAUCACCGCAGCUUUGUUGGUUCUUCUGGCUGCACUGCUUGAUCAUCUUUUAGGGCCUGGUGCCACGCUUUUUCUCGAGCACGUGCGCGAUGCUGUGUUUCUGCGCCUCAAUGUGCGCGCCUAUAGACAUGCCGCAGAGAAGUGGCAGCUGGCAGCUGCAUGUCUGAAAGUACUAGGCAAACCUUGUGUGGAAGUCUUGUUGCUGGAGUACCUCGAAGAUGGGGGCGCACUGUCUCUUCUGCUGCAACUACUUGACGAGGCUGCUGGUGAGCUGGGAGACCCUGCAGAGGCCAGCCUGUGUGCUCUACAGCUAAUUGAACGAGCUCUGCAUUUGCCAUUUCGCGAGCGUCCAGGGUGUUCUCUGCACCGCCUGCUGUUGACCACCACUAACCCACGUACCCAACGCCCCGACUGUGGCCGUGUGCUGGCGACCUACGUCAUCCAUGGGGCUCUUCAACCGCGCCAUGCCCUGUCUGCGGCACGCAUCUUGCUUCAGUUGUGCAUGCAGCCGUCUUUGGUUAGCCAAGUAGAAGCUGCCUUCCGGGCUGACAGAGUUCAGGUCCUCAUGCACGGCUUUGCCGAGGCUAUUGAGGUCCCCAGCCUGGAGCUUCCUAUUGGCCAUGAGGACAGCUGGACGCCCGACGAAGUGCGGGCGGCUACAGCUGGGAUGCUGCUGCAGCUUCUGUUGGUGUGCCUACAGCAGCAAUCCACAGAGCAGCCGGGCUGGGGCUUGGCACAACUCCUGCUUCUGGGAGGUGCUGAGCGCACAGCCUCUCUGCAGGAGCCUGGAGUAGGAGGUCAGGCACGCACCUGUCUGCACGCCCUGCUGGCACUCCUUGAACGGCCACCGCCGCACCGCAGCAGCAGCAACAACAGGAGCGGCGCACUGCUUGCACUUGGCUACCAACUGUUGUGGCUGCUGUGUGUUAGGCCUGCAUGCGGUGGAGACAUGGCUUUGCGCUUCCUGCGCUCGUCGAGGGACUUCUUCACCCGGCACUUGGAGCUGUUGCCGUCGUGGCCACCACCACUGGCACAAGCCUGGUUUGUGAGGCUGCUGGCACUCGAGCUGCGCCUGGCAGCCAAGCAUGGGCCUCGCUCACAUGGGCAGGCUUUGGUGCAGUUGCUGCUGCUGGAUCGGCGGCUGCUGCGCAUGCUGGAUGGCACCAAGCAGCCUUCGCAGACUCCUGCUGUCAAGAGACGGGACACAUCUUUCGAUUUGCUGGAUGUGUCGCAAGUGGAUUCCCUGUUGUCGUCACUGGAACAGCGGGACCCUUUGGGUGGUCCCCGCAAAGUGGAUGUUGCGGCCCUUCACCAGCGGCUUCUCGAGGACAGUCAUGCCCUGCUAGCCAUCGGCAGCAAGGAGAGAGUCCAGCAAGAGGUGAAAGCUGUGUUGCAAACCGCACUGGAGCGCAACGCGGAGCACGAGCGGGCCUACGUGUCCCGGCAGGCAUUCACCGCUUGGCAACAACUGGCCUCUGUGCUGGUUGUGUGCUGGGCAUCACAGCUGGAUGCCCAGCUGCUGCUGGAGCUUGCACACGAGCUCCUGUCAUCGUCACGAACAGUGAGCGAGCAGGGACCUGCAGCUGAACUGCUGCUACUCAUUGUGGCCGCUCUGCGCCAGCGAAGCAACACUGCCGCCGAUCAGGUGUCACCCACAUCUGUGCUGGAGCUAACCCGGUCCCUGCUACAGAGCCUGAUUGUGUCCGGCAGCGGGCAGCAACGACUGCGUGCACACCUGUAUGCGGCACUGCAGAACCUCCUCCUGGGCUGGCGGAGUGGCAGCGGCGAGAGGGCUGCCUUGGCUCACCUGGUGCAGCUGUGUGGCCAGCCUUUGCGACAGCUGCUCUGCCGUGAUGCCACUGCCUCCCAUGAGGUGACACAGAUGCUCGCAUUAUGCGUGUUGGACACAUUGGUCUCGCUGGAUGCCAGUUCCUGGCUGGAGCAUCUGCAACGAGACGGAUACCUGCCGCAGCUGGUCUUGCCCAGUCCCGCCGGGCGGCCUCACCUUCGUGAGGCUCGACUGGCACUUCUCGUGCGCAUCGCGUCUUCGGGUGGUGCCCGCACACUCCUCGAGGCUGGCCUCGACUCGCUGCUUUCGGCUCCCGAUUUUCUCCAAGGUGACAGGCAACCUGGGAUGGAGAGCAGCAGCAGUAAGGCGGCACUGCGACUGCUUCUGGCUCUGUCAGCCACUAUGGGGACUCAGUGGGGUGCACCGUUGCUGGUCACACACAGCCAGCCCUUGGCCGAACUGCUAGCGCGGAAGGAUCCAUUGGCUGCGCAACUAAUGGCACGUUUGGGGCAGCCUCCGCCCGUCCUGCUGCGCCAACAGGCGCUCACGCUUCUGGCGACAACGACGGACGAACCGUCCCUGGCCGUGCCGCUACUUGCGGUGGCAUGCGCUUGCGGGGAAGACGAACCUCACCCGGACGAGGCCCUGCUUUCGCGCUUGAUACGACGAUGGGCUGGCAGCAACAAAAAGGCACACACGGAGUUACUCGAACGUACGGUCUACUUGCUGUGGCGAGGACACCGCAAAAGCCCCUUGGGACCAGACGCACGUGCUGCCCUUACUGAUUGCGCCGAGCAGUUGAAUGCACAAUCCAAAUUCUGCCAAGCCUUGGUGCGCCGAUUGCAAAGGAUGGCGCUAAGUGUUCCACCUACCUGAGGCUUUAUUCGGGAGUCUUUAGUGUUGUAUAACAUGUCGCAGGGUCAUAAAAGCCCACUCUCUUGCAUUGAUAGUUCUAUUGCUUACGCAGGCACUCAUUUGUAUAAAUUUUAUUGGUAGUGAUGAGCGAGAUUCUGGUUUUUCACCAAAUAAAUUGAACUCAUCGUUUAAUUAUCUAGUAUG